CUAUCAGUCGCUUGUGUGAUUCUCUGUGUAUUAAAUGUAAUUUUUCGUAGCUAAAAAAAUUACAUUCUCAGUUGUAAAAAUGACCAACCCCCAAGUGCCGGGAAACUGUCGUAUUGAAUAGCACGUGACUACCGUAAAGGCGAAUAUGAGCUAUCAACAAUUCCAUCAUGGAGGAAUUUCUAGACGGACGAUGUAUAGAUGUUGGAAGAGAGCAUUAAUAUUUCUUGGUUUUGUUAUCGUGAUUGUAUUGACCUUCGGAAAAUCCAGAGUUAAAAAAAUCCAGGAAAUUUACGCGUUACAAGACAGCAUAGCCGACAUUAUAGACCGGGAAUUACAGUACAUGUCCGAGCGGACGAUCGCAGAAGGGGAUAAAUGGAUUCCCUUGACCAAUAUAAAUGGCCAUAUUUACUCAGUAUAUUUGGACACCCGGCCCGAGAUCAUCAUCAAGUAUUCAAAAGCCGAUAAGACAACGUGGGGAGCGUUGAUAGUGACAGCUUUACUACCAACCAAUACUCAAAGGGAGACACUGACAUGCGUUCUCCAGUACAAGAACAGCCAAAGAAACAUUGUAUUAAAAAAGGUACCGGCUCAAGUGAGGAUAUUGAAUGAGCACUGGGAUCUCGAGUACUCAGCAUUUUGUGUUAUCUGCUAUCUGUCAUACUCCUGGGAGCAUGAUUACGAGCUCUUCGAUAAUUUCAAACAGCUCCCGGAAACACUGGGGAUUGGAGACAAUGCUGAUGGACAAUUCAUUGAUGUCCAUUACCCGAAGGAGGGGUUGAGCCAGCUUUAUGAGGGUGGGAGGGGUUCGAUUGCUGUGUGCGUGCCAGUAUUACACCACAAUUUCGAUCGUCCCCUUGAACUAAUCGAGUACCUCGAGUACUACAGAAUGAUGGGAAUCGAUCACUUUACCAUAUACAACUCAUCAGUCUCACCGGAUGUUGACAAAGUCCUAGAUCACUACAAACUGAAGUUAACAGCGACAGUUCUCGACUGGAUUUUACCAUCGAUCUACGUCUACGAGCAAACUCUCCGUCACGAGGGUCUUCUAGCAGCAUUGAACGACUGCCUUUAUCGAAAUACUCAUCACGAUGGAUACAAGUACGUGGGAACAUUCGAUGUUGAUGAGUUUUUGGUACCAAGGCGACACGAUAAUAUUCGAGAACUCAUCAUGGAGCUUGACUCAUCACCUGAUCGCAACGAAUUCGCUGGAUUUAUAUUUCAAAAUGUAUAUUUUUAUACUAUGUACGAGGAUGAUGAACGUGCCCGGGGAAAAGUGCCUUAUCUCUACACGAGAGCAAAAACAAAGCGUUUAAAAAAGCCCAACGAAGCUCGAGAGAGAAGUAGAUAUAUCGUUCGCGGUCGUGACACAGUGGAAAUAGGUAGCUACAAUGUCUGGGAGUUCCGAGAGGGCUCACCCAUGUCGUCACAAAGAGAGUUCAAAGAGCUCGUGGUAGACCCGGAAAUUGCUCUACUGCACCAUUAUGCCCCGUGCGAGGCCGAGGAGACGGGAUGUUACUUGAAACCCGUUGUGAUCGAUGAAAGUGCUGUGAAAUAUUCGAACAAACUUGGGGAGAGAGUCGGAAAAGUGUGUUCGGAAAUUUUUGGCAUCGCUGGAUGUCCACCACCGAAGAAAAGAAUUAUCGGUUUUGAAUAAAGAGAUAACACGAACAUUUUCAUUAAAAUUUACACAGAAAAGGGACCGAUAAAAAUUGAAUCACUUUAAAUGCAGCUGAACUUUGCCAACAAUUCGGUAGAUAAUUAUUACAAUGUUUCAGGGAAUGGAUUAAAUUUGUCGGACUUGAAAAAUAAUUGUACCCGUAAUUAUUUGAACUCGGCAUGUCUGCUUGUUAAUGUCCAACCGAGUUGAGACAUUAAAUAAUUUAUGAACAACGAAUUUUCAAUGGAAAAUAUUAGUAAUAUAUAUAAUUCUCUGCCAAAUAUAUUUUUUAAUGUUUUUUUUCGCGUAGUUUUAUCGAUGAAUUUGACACGAGACUAUUCCUUAUAAGUCAAUCUAACAAAUUUGGUUUCGUGUCAAAAUUAGGAAGACUGAAUAUUAAUAAACUAAAUGGAAAGUUAUUUCACUACAAUGUAAAAAAAUCAUUCAUGAAAAUUAUGUAAUAAUGUUAAACUAUAAUUUUGUACGCUCAUUAUUUACAAUAUAAAUUUAUAAUUCACUUGUCA